AUGUCGCUGGCUAUUUUCAAGUGUUAUCUUGAUAGAGAUCUGGAAAUUGUAGAAGCAAUAAGUGCUCUUAAUAUAGUCAUUGUGAAAUAUUUGACACUUGCAUUCGGCAGGAAAACAAUAAAACGAAUCUUAGAGGCCAUGGAACUCUUCUGGAAAGUCAAUGCUGUAGACGAGCAAUUCAGACUGACGAAUUUAAAGAUUAAGGAUCUUAAUUUUGGGGAGGUAGAAAGUGACCAGGAUGUUGAUGUGUAUGUACGAAAUUUAAGGUCCAUGAUUCAACAUCAACAGUUUCUUAUGAGGUGUGUCGACGACUUGAAUAAAUUGCUAGGUGUGCCAAUUGCACUGUUAAUGGUCACUAAUGUUUCCCUGAUGUGUAUAAGUAUGUAUAACAUAACAAUGAACCAAGGAUCUAUAUCUGACAAAGUGAGGAUGUUCGUAAUCAUCUUCACCAUGGUUGCCGAAUUUUUUAUGGUAUAUGGCCUCCCUGCGCAGUUAUUAAUGGACGAGUCAGCAGCAAUCGCAGACACCGUAUAUUCUGAGUGCAAAUGGUACUCAUCGAAAUUACAACAUAUCUGGAAAGAUUUUUUUAUUGUGAUUAUCCGCAGUCAGAGAAGCGUUUGUAUAAGAGCUGGUAACUAUCACAUUAUUAAUAACGCAACAGUUCUACUGAUGGUAAAAAGUGCUUACACCUUUUACGCCUUUCUACAAAAAGUUACAUAA